CAGAAGUACAUACUCGCGCUUCAUAUCUGUCGAUGUCAGUAUAAAUCAUCCAGUCAAGAUGUGUGUUCCUGUGAGCUAGGAAAUGGGAAGAAACCAUCGAUAAUUUCAUACGCUAAUCGAGUAGACAACUUCAUGGAUGUACGCAUGCGUCAGAAUCUGUGUCAGGGACACAACACGACACGACAGCCAAGGUCAGUCGUGUUUUGCGACUGACACAAGGUGUAUGUUGUCAGUAUAAGUGGAAUUGUGAACAAAACAUGAAUUUUACUCCACCAUACGCGAGAUCACCAGCAUGUAGUAUCGAGCCUCUAGACGAUUACGAAGCACCCAGAGCACCACUACUUCGACAGGUGUCACUUGAUGAGGAGAGACAAGAUGACUGCCAGGGACACUGGCGAGGGCCUUAUGUGGAGGGAGAGGAGGAAGAAAGAGGAGUAAGGCUGUUCAGAGCGAUGCUUCUGCAGCAUUUAAGACUGGAGGAACUUAGGCCGCCGCCCUGUUUGUUGGUGCCGGCUAAUCCUGAUCAAAGAGGCUGGUGGAUGUAUUGGAGAGAUUGGCGAGCUCUCGAAAAAGCGGCGAGGAGGUUCAGAGAAACCAAAGCCCGUGCCAGACUUGCAGCUAGAGCAGAACACAUAUCUUUAUUAAGUCUUGACGAAGUUGCCUUUGAAGAUAUUAUGCAAGAGUUAUGUCAAGCAUGCGUUCACGCCGAGCAAAGGGCUCUUCUGGUACUUGCAUUUCUAUGCGAGGUCUGUGCGCGGGCGGUAAAGGUCGGUGGCUGGUGCAGAGCCGCAGAUUGGGCUGCUAGACAUGUAGCCCAAUGCGCUACACCUUGGGCUAUUAGACACGGAGGAUGGAGUAACGUGGUGGAACGGGCAAGUGGGACGAGGCGAGAUGACACAAUAUUGGCAGGGGCAGCAAUUGCAGCAUUGCUGGCUUUUCUUUUAUUUUGUAAAACACGUCUUCGUUUAACAAUUCUAUAAUUCCUUGGUACUGCGAGGUUGGAUUUGCAAAAUCAUGGUCAAGAUUUUUAAAUAUCAGAUUAAGAGAUGAAACUGCCUCUUACUUAAUAACUGGUGGUUUGUGGAGGUGACAAAUACAACCAGGUACUGAAAUUUGCCCUUAAUAAUUACUUGUUAAAAUUGCAAAAUAUUCUCAAAAAUUAUCCUUGAUAUCGGUCCUGUUAUAUGAACUAAAAAAUAGGUACUGUUGAGAGUUUUUAUAUUAAAGUUACUAUAAGUUCUAUAUAUAACAUAAAAUGUCUUCUAACUCGACGUUUUGUCAGCAGUUUAUCUUUGAGAGACUGUUGCAAAGCACUCGAAAUAGCGAGUGAUGUAAAUGUGAUUCGCGCUUUCACGCGUAAAAUAAAUUUUAAUUAAAUGUUUAGUACUUAUGUAAAUGAAACACAAUUUUGAAUAGCAUAAAAUUGGCACUCAAAUCGUAACGGAAAAUGUUGGUAUAUUCUCAAUCUUCAAUUUGUUCCUAAUGAUAUUUAGGGUCAGAAAAUAAAGGUUCCACAAUCAACAAAAUAAUACUAAACAAUGUCAUGACAUGUGCCUAUGUUAGUGUUGUAAAAUCAUAAGCAAAAGUGUCACCAAAUAAAUUGAAUUUAUUGAAAAGUUAUGUCACUUAUAAUUUUAAUUCAAUGUAUAACGAUAAAAUU